AUGCUUUCUUCUUCCUUCUUCUACCACUCCAUCAGCAUCGACGCCCUCGCUUCAGCAACAGGAACAGCAUAUUCUACUUACAACGAAGCAAUGGCUGGAAUGAGGUUCAACUCCACCCCUGCGGUCAUCGCCGCCGCUUGCCUUCUGGCGUCCUACCAGACCGGCGUCCAAUCUCGCCACCUUCGCUCCCUUGAUAGCGCUUUCCUUGCUACUGAUUCCAACCGGGACUACACCCACCUGGGAUGCUUCGUGGACAACCGGAGCGACCGCGUGUUGGGGUACAAGCUUGUCGAUGAGGAAGUCGACACCGAGUUGUGCUACGACUACUGCUUGGAACAGAACGCACCCUUUAUGGCUACCCAGUGGGGGAUCGAGUGCUGGUGCGCCACCGAGCCUGACUUGGAAUACGAACGCCACGGAGAGGCCGAAGAGUUGUGCGACUACAAAUGCGGGGGAGACAAUAACGAAAUUUGCGGCGGCUACCUCGCCUUCGACUUGUACGAGAUCGAGUCGUUCACCACCAUGUGA